AUGUCCUCGCGAGCCCCUCUCGGCGCACGGCGUGCACGGCCCCCGGCCCUCGCCCUCGCCUCGUCCACAAAGCGGCCCCUCCCCUCCGUCCUCCAGCUCGACAUCCCCGCCGCCGACGACCCCGACGACCCCGACGACGACGACGACCCCCUCCGCUUCCCCUCGCCGUCCCCCACGUCCCCCGCCUACGCCACCCCCAUCUACGACCCCCGCCUCGACCUCGACUCCGCCGUCGCCCACGACGACCUCAUCAAGGACUUUGCCGUCGUCGAGCAGCUCCGCCGCAGCGUCCAGAAAAACCUCCGCCUCCGCCCCAUCCGCGCCCCGACCCCCCCGCUCUCCCCCUCCGCCUACGCCUCCGCCACCACCACCCGCCCGCUCUCGUCCUCCUCCACCUGGUCCGACUACAGCCAGCAGCCCUCCGCCAGCCCCAGCUCCAGCGUCUACUACACCCCCAUAUCCGACCCCCCGACCCGCUCCCCGCCCACCAGCGCCCACUACAUCGGCCCCGGUGCCUUCGAGAUACAGCACCCGGAGCGCCCCCGCAGCCCCGCCCGCCCCCGCGACCCCGCCUCCCUCGCACGAGCCCUCGCCGCCGACCCACCGCGCCGCCCCCUCCUCCUCGACACCCGCCCCGUCGCCGCCUACCUCGCCUCCCGCAUCACCCACAGCAUCAACCUCGCCAUCCCCUCCCUCAUCCUCAAGCGCCUCCGCAAGCCCGCAGGCGGCUUCCAAGCCCUCGACGCCCUCCGCCCCUUCAUCACCACAGAGCAGGGCAAGGACACAUGGGACCACCUCAUGCGCCCCGCCGGCCCCUGGGACGGCGACGUCGUCAUAUACGACGACGAGAUGAACGAGCGCGACAGGCCCGCCGCCCAGACAACCGCCUGGGCCCUCCUCCCCGUCGUCGACCCCCUCCUCUUCCAGGGCUCCGCGGACUACCUCCAGGGCGGCCUCCGCGCCGCCCUCGCCCACCCCGACCUCUCGCGCUUCGUCACCUCGGGCGAGCACGACCGCGACCCACAACCGCAUGACGCCCCCGCCCUCGCCCUCGCCCCCGCCCAGUCGCCCCAGCCCCCACCCCCACCAAAACCCGCAAAGAAGGGCCUCGGCCUCGCCCAACUCGACACCACCUCCGCCUCAAAACACACCCCGCUCCCCGAGCUCGAGCGCAGCGCCGGCGCGUCCCCGCUCCCCAUGAUGAUGGGCUCCUGGAACAUCAGCGACCUCUCGCCCUCCCCGCCCCCCUCCCAGUCCGUCUUCCCCCGCCCCCCGCCCCCGCGCCGCCCGAGCCUCUCCGCUCUCCGCCGCAUCGACACCAGGUCCGCAGAGCGCCUCCACCCUGGCGGCGGCCCCGCGCUCCCCAAGCUCCAGGUCCGCACCGUCCCGCUGCGCUCCGCGACGCUCGCCGCGCCCCCCAUGAACGGCGCCUGGCCGAGCUCUCCGCGCGCGCACUCGCCGUCCCACCUCACGCUCGUGCACUCCAACCACACCCCGCCCGGCUCCGCGCGCCUCUACCCCCCGCCGCCGCCGCCGCCGCACUCGCCCGCCUUCGCCGCCUCGUCCGAGUUCCUCCUGCCCCCGUCCCCGUCGUACCCCGCCCACCCGCGCACCCCGCGCACCCCGACCACCCCAACGGGCCUCCCCCCGUCCCCGCGCACCGCGCGCCCGGACUUUGACGCCCUCGCCCUCGCGUCCGCCGCCGCGGCGCCCGCGCCCUCGCCGGCCUCGUCGUCGUCGCUCUCGUCGCUCUCGUCGGGGGAGGGCGACGCGCUGCCGGCGUUCACCAUCUCGACGAUCCUCCCGCACUUCCUGUUCCUCGGGCCGGAGAUCACGGCCGAGGCGCACGUCGCUGCGCUGCGCGCGCUCGGCGUGCGGCGCAUCGUGAACAUCGCGGCGGAGUGCGACGACGACCGCGGGCUGCGCCUGCGCGAGCGCUUUGAGCGCUACGUGCGCAUCCCGAUGCGCGAUACGGUCGAGGAGGAGAACAUCACGCGCGGCGUGCGCGAGGUGUGCGAGAUCCUCGGUGAGCGCGCCCACCCACACUCUCUCCGACGUGACCGUGCUCUGACCGCGCGCGCCCGCGCCCGCGUAGACGACGCGAGCCUGCACUCGUCGCCGACGUACGUGCACUGCAAGGCGGGCAAGUCGCGCUCCGUGACGGCGGUGAUGGCGUACCUGAUCCACGCGAACCACUGGACGCUCUCGCGCGCGUACACUUUCGUGCUCGAGCGCCGGCGCGGCAUCUCGCCCAAUAUCGGCUUCGUGUCCGAGCUCAUGAACUUCGAGGAGCAGGAGCUCGGCGGCAAGUCCGUCGGCGUCGUCAAGCCCGAGCCCGCGCCCGAGCCGGACGCCGACGCCGCCGGUGCGAGCGAGGACGCUGCGCCCGGUGGGGGUGGGGGAGGAGGAGGGGGAGGGGCGAAGCAGGGGAAUUACACGGUCGCGGUGGUGGGUGCGCGCCGGACGGCGCAUAUGCGCGAGAGCCUGCCGCCGGCGUUCACGGGGGGCGUGGGCGUCGAGGCGCUGUCGCAGGGCGUCGGGGACGUGGGGCAGGAGACGGAGAUCCGGGACGCGUCGGGGCGCUAUCGGCACCUCAGGCGCGCGCCGGUGGACGAGAACACGCUGCAGCCGAUGCGCCGCGUGAGCAAGGCGGGGCUGGAGACGGCGCUUGCGCUUGGGUCGUGA